AUGGCUACUCCCGAAGCUACACCCGAGGUUACCGAUGCACCUGCCCUUCCUGAAAUUCAAGGAAGCGAUGUUGCCUGGGUUAUAAUGGCAAGUGCUUUGGUAUGGUUGAUGAUUCCAGGUGUUGGUUAUUUUUACAGUGGUAUGGCUAGAACUUUUGGUAAUGGAACCGCAUUUAUUGGAAAUUUAGAUCAUGCUUUCUUCAUGGGAGUUGAUAGUACCCGAUCAGAAGUUGCACCAGGACUUCCAGGCAUAGUUUUCGCCGUAUAUCAAGGAAUGUUCGCUGCUAUUACACCCGCUUUGGCCAUUGGUUCUGCUGCUGAACGUGGUCGUAUUCUUCCCGCCAUCGUUUUCAUUUUCAUCUGGUCAACUAUUGUAUAUGAUCCAAUCGCCUGUUGGACAUGGAAUCCAAAUGGUUGGUCCUUUAAAUUAGGUGGUUUAGAUUUUGCUGGUGGAACACCUGUACACAUUUCAUCUGGUGCAGCUGCCUUAGCUUAUGCUAUUGUAGUAGGAAAACGUCAUGGUCAUGGUACUGAUACUGAUGAAUUCAAACCACAUAAUAUUGCAAAUAUUGUACUUGGAACUGCUUUACUUUGGUUCGGUUGGUUCGGUUUCAAUGGUGGUUCUGCUUUGGCUGCAAAUGGACGUGCCGCUAUGGCUUGUGCCGUAACAAAUUUAGCUGCUUCCAAAUUCUCUGCCUUAGGCUUUUGUUCAGGUGCUGUUGCUGGUCUUGUUGCCAUAACGCCGGGUUCCGGUUUUGUUGGUACACCUGCCGCAUUUGCUUUUGGUUUCUUUGGAGCUUUAUUCUGUAACAUUGCCGUCAAAUUAAAGCAUAUGUUUAAAUAUGAUGAUGCUGCAGAUGUGUUUGCUGUACAUUGCGUAGGUGGAAUUGUUGGUAAUUUAUUGACUGGUAUAUUUGCUCAACAAUCAAUUGCCGGUGCUGAUGGUAGUGCUCCAAUUCCUGGUGGAUGGUUAGAUCAUAAUUGGAUACAACUUGGUUAUCAAUUGGCUGACUCCGUUACCGGUCUUAGUUAUAGUUUCAUUGUCACACUCAUACUAUUACUUAUCAUGGAUAAGAUCCCCGGUUUAUCACUCAGAGUUGAUCCUGAAACUGAAGCCAAAGGUUUAGACGAAGGUGAAAUGGGUGAACUGGCUUAUUAUCAUGUUGAUCGUCUUGUCGCUAUUAACACUAGAACUGGCGAAACCAAAAGUAUAAAAGAAGAAACAAUCCAUCAACAAAAUGAUACCAACGUAUCAAUAGUAUAA